AUGCCCAUGGCCCAAAUGAAUCAAAUGAAUCAAAUGAACUCGAUGAAUCAAAUGAAUCAAAUGAAUCAAAUGAAUCAAAUGAAUCAAAUGAAUCAAAUGAACCAAAUGAAUCAAAUGAAUCAAAUGAACCAAAUGAAUCAAAUGAAUCAAAUGAAUCAAAUGAAUCAAAUGAAUCAAAUGAGUCAAAUGAGUCAAAUGAGUCAAAUGAAUCAAAUGAAUCAAAUGAACCAUAUAAACCAUAUAAAUCAAAUGAAUCAUAUAAACCAUAUGACACAAAUGGCACAAAUGGCCUCAAUGGUCCCCACUGCACAAAUUCCCCAAAUGGCUCCUAUGCCUGCGGUAACCCCUCCAGUGCCAGUAGCCUCGGUAGCUUCGGUAACAGAAAGUCAGGGGAAUGAGGAGGACCCUUAUAUUAACUUUUCUAUUUGA